AUGUUGAGGGCUAAGACUCGGCUUGUUUUGCUUUCACCUCAUCAUCUGAAGCAACUAAAAGAGUCAUCAGGCUCCAGACUUAUAUGGCAGCGACUUCUACAUCAAAAACAACCCCUUCACCCAGAAUGGGCUGCCCUGGCUAAAAAGCAGCUGAAAGGCAAAAAUCCAGAAGACCUAAUAUGGCGCACGCCAGAAGGGAUCUCCAUAAAGCCCUUAUAUUCCAGCAGGGAUACCAAGGACUCACCUGAAGAACUUCCAGGAGUGAAGCCGUUCACACGUGGACCAUAUCCCACCAUGUACACCUUUAGGCCCUGGACCAUCCGCCAGUAUGCUGGCUUUAGUACUGUGGAAGAGAGCAAUAAGUUCUAUAAGGACAAUAUUAAGGCUGGCCAACAGGGAUUAUCAGUUGCCUUUGAUCUGGCAACACAUCGUGGCUAUGAUUCAGACAACCCUCGAGUUCGUGGUGAUGUUGGAAUGGCUGGAGUUGCAAUUGACAGUGUGGAAGAUACCAAAAUUCUUUUUGACGGAAUUCCUUUAGAAAAAAUGUCAGUUUCCAUGACCAUGAAUGGAGCCGUUAUUCCAGUUCUUGCAAAUUUUAUAGUAACUGGAGAAGAGCAAGGUGUACCUAAAGAAAAACUUACUGGUACGAUCCAAAAUGAUAUACUAAAGGAGUUUAUGGUCAGAAAUACUUAUAUUUUUCCUCCAGAACCAUCCAUGAAAAUUAUUGCUGACAUCUUCCAAUAUACAGCACAGCACAUGCCAAAAUUUAAUUCAAUUUCAAUCAGUGGAUACCAUAUGCAGGAAGCAGGAGCUGAUGCCAUCUUGGAACUGGCCUAUACUAUAGCAGAUGGGUUGGAGUACUGUAGAACUGGAAUUCAAGCUGGCCUGACAAUUGAUGAAUUUGCACCAAGGUUGUCUUUCUUCUGGGGAAUUGGGAUGAACUUCUAUAUGGAAAUAGCAAAAAUGAGAGCUGGAAGAAGACUCUGGGCUCACUUAAUCGAGAAAAUCUUUCAGCCUAAAAACUCUAAAUCCCUUCUUCUAAGAGCACAUUGUCAGACAUCAGGAUGGUCACUUACUGAGCAAGAUCCUUACAAUAACAUUAUCCGUACCACAGUGGAAGCAAUGGCAGCGGUCUUUGGAGGGACUCAGUCUUUGCACACAAAUUCUUUUGAUGAAGCCUUGGGUUUGCCCACCGUGAAAAGUGCCCGAAUUGCCAGGAACACACAAAUCAUCAUUCAAGAAGAAUCUGGGAUUCCCAAAGUAGCUGAUCCUUGGGGAGGUUCAUAUAUGAUGGAAUCUCUCACAAAUGAUGUGUAUGAGGCUGCUUUGAAGCUUAUUAAUGAAAUUGAAGAAAUGGGUGGCAUGGCCAAAGCUGUAGCAGAGGGAAUACCGAAACUUCGAAUUGAAGAAUGUGCUGCCCGAAGACAAGCUAGAAUUGAUUCUGGUUCUGAAGUAAUUGUUGGAGUAAAUAAGUACCAGCUGGAGAAAGAAGAACCGGUGGAUGUUAUGGCGAUUGAUAAUACUUCAGUGCGUAACAAGCAGAUUGAAAAACUUAAGAAGAUCAAAUCUAGCAGGGAUCCUGCUGUGGCGGAGCAGUGUCUUGCUGCGCUGACUGCGUGUGCUGCCAGUGGAGAUGGGAAUAUUCUGGCUCUUGCAGUGGAUGCCGCUCGCGCAAGAUGUACAGUUGGAGAAAUUACAGAUGCCAUGAAAAAGGUAUUUGGUGAACACAAAGCUAAUGAUCGGAUGGUGAGCGGAGCCUAUCGCCAAGAAUUUGGAGAAAGUAAAGAGAUAACAUAUGCGAUCACGAGGGUUCAUAAAUUCAUGGAACGUGAAGGUCGCAGACCUCGUCUUCUUGUGGCAAAAAUGGGACAAGAUGGACAUGACAGAGGAGCAAAAGUUAUAGCUACAGGAUUUGCUGAUCUGGGUUUUGAUGUGGACAUUGGUCCUCUUUUUCAGACUCCCCUUGAGGUGGCCCAGCAGGCUGUGGACGCAGAUGUGCACGCCGUGGGUGUGAGCACACUUGCUGCUGGUCACAAAACCCUCGUUCCUGAGCUCAUCAAACAGCUCAGCUCCCUUGGACGGCCAGAUAUUCUUGUCAUGUGUGGAGGGGUGAUACCACCACAGGAUUAUGAAUUUCUGUAUGAAGUUGGUGUUUCCAAUGUAUUUGGUCCUGGGACACGAAUUCCAAAGGCUGCUGUUCAAGUGCUUGAUGAUAUUGAGAAGUGUUUGGAAAAGAAGCAGCAAUCUAUGUAA